AUUCCUACCAUUCUCUCCCCUCAAAUAUAUCACCCCAAAGCUAAUUAGCAUUAAUUUGCAACUAUGAAGUUCAAAGAAACAGAUCAGCUCCCUAUUCCCUCUCCGUCCCUCUCCCUAACAAGGGCUAUGAAUAAAAUGAGAUGGAUGGCUGCGAUGAAACUGUGCUAUACUUAAUGUAUAUAAUGCAUGUUUACAUGAAUGAAUGAAUGAAUCAGGUGGUGGUCGGAGGAGACAGUAGCGAUAGUGACUGGAGCAAACAAAGGAAUUGGGUUUGCGCUGGUGAAAAGAAUGGCGGAGUUGGGACUGAAGGUGAUAUUAACAGCCAGAGACAUUGAAAGGGGUUGCAAGGCUGUUGAAGCACUUAGGGCUCAAGGUCUUCAUAAUAUUACCUUUUUCUGCCUCGAUGUUUCUGAUCCUUGUUCUAUCAAAACUUUCUCAUCAUGGUUCACCGAAAACUUUGCAGCCUUGGAUAUUCUUGUGAACAACGCAGCAGUUUCGUUCAACGAAAUCAAUGAAAACACAGUGGAACAUGCGGAGACAGUAAUCAAAACCAAUUUCAAUGGACCAAAGUUACUGACUGAGGCUCUCUUGCCCAUGUUCCGUACCUCAUCCAUUAGUCGAAUACUCAAUCUCAGCUCUAGACUUGGUUCCCUAAAUAAAGUGGGAAACCCUAGCAUAAAAGAGGUUCUAGAAAGCGAGAAACUAUCAGAGGAUGAUAUCGAGGCAGUUGUUAGCUUGUUUAUGGAACAAGUGAAGACCGGGACAUGGAAGACCGGAGGUUGGCCUGAAUUGUGGACGGACUAUGCGGUGUCGAAGCUUGCACUGAAUGCAUACACCAGGGUUUUGGCAAAGCGCUACGAAGGAAGUUUGAGUGUGAAUAGCUUCUGUCCCGGCUUUACUCAGACCUCGAUGACUCGGUGCAAAGGAGAUCACACCGCUGAUGAUGCGGCCAUUGUCGGCGCUAGGCUGGCCUUGCUUCCUCCGGACAAGAUACAGAGUGGAAAAUUUUUUCUAUGGGGUAGUAGCAGUAGUACCAGUAAUAAUAAUGUGGUGGUAUCCUCCAAGUUAUAACUCAGAAAUUCGAUCAUGAUUAAUGAAGAACUGAGAUUAAGAAUA